AUAGUGUGUAUAUUUUAAGACUGUGAACACAUAUCAUCUCGUUUUGAUUGCAGUUUCCUUUAUUAUUGUUUAACACAAUAGAAUGUAUAUUACACCUUUCAUUUGGAUUAUGUCGGUCUGUAUCUAUCAUGAACGACAACUCUGUUCUAUGGACUUGUUGCAACUUGAGUGUGCAUAUUUAUACUUGAGCUUCAAAGUCAAUUCCAUCUACUUGUGUAGUUGUUAAAAUUGGAAGUUAAAGACAUGGCUGCAGUUUGUUUUCAAUAUGCUAUGGACACAGAGGACCUUGGACUAUUUGGGGAUGAGGAAGACCUUGCCAUGUCAAAUUCUAGCAUCACAGAUACCAAAUUUGACUUAGUAAUAGGCAACAUUGAGGAUAUUGUUAUGGAAGAAGAAUUUCAAACAAUGCAGCACAAUUUCUUAGAAAAAUAUUAUAAUGAAUUUGAUGACACAGAAGAAAAUAAAUUUAUAUACACAGAUAUUCAUAGAGAAUAUGUGAGUUUAAUAGAGCAUUACUUAGAAGAGGAAUUGAGUCAGCGGCUCCCAGGCUUCAGUAUGGCUGAGUUCAUCCAAGAGGUCAUGGGGAGAAAGGAUGAGUUAGAGGGCGAGAUUUUUGAAAUGCUUCAUACCUUCAACGAUUUUAUGUCUUUCAAAGAAAUGUUCCUAGAUUUCAAAGCAGAGAAAGAAGGCAGAGUUGUGGAUCUUAGUGUAGGUAUCACUGUGACCCACUUGGGUUCAGACUUUUGCCUGGAUGGGUCAGCGUUUUCAUUGUCUGGACACUCUUAUGGACCGAGUAAGCAUUGACCACUGACCAAGCAUUGACCAUUGACCCCAGCCUUGACCUCUCACCAGAGCCACUCUGGAUAUUAUUGACGUUCUAAUGUUGUGCUUCAGACCUUCACUCUGUUUGGAGGCUGUUGAAAUAUUUAUUCUUAUGUAUUCUUACUUGAAUUGAAAAGUUGUGAAUGUGUAUUCAAUAGUUUAUUAAUACAUUGAUAUAACAUAAUAUAAUUCAUCUUUGCAAAUGGUUUCAUGUGAAGGGAAUAAAUGUAAUUAAUAUCUUAAUGUGACUUUAUAAUUUUAUAAAAUAUCUUAUAUUCACAGACUAGCAAAUCUGAAGAGAUGUUAUUUGUUAAGCUUGAAUAUGUUUCAGGCACAUUACUUUGUAAAGUGACUAUGUUAAAAUGUUGAAAACCUGUUAUAGUUAAGUCUAUUUCCAUCAAUGUUUAUAAUUGAUGUUAAAUUAUCUCAUGAAAAUAACACUCUUUUUCUAUUAAAAUAUGAGUUGUCAGAUAAAUAGAAAGCAUAUUGUUUAAGUUUUAAAUAUGUGCAAGUUCCAUUAAUGCAUAGUAAAGUAUUACAAUAUAAACAUAUUUUGCACCUGUUAUUAAAUAUAUAGCCAGUGAAUGUUAUUUACAAAUACUCUUAUACCUCAUAUCCGUCCCAAAACAGAGGUCUCUUAGUUUUAAAAUAAUUAACCUUCAGUUUUAUUUUAAUUAUAAUUAAAUAUGCAUAUUGUAACUAUAUAUUCAUUUUUCCAACCACUGCUAGUUGCAUUGUAUAGUGCUGUAGGAUAGAGUGAAGACUUACGAUUAUUUUCCGAAUAUUAUGUGUUCACGUCUAUAUUUAUUUUAAGUGUAUAAAAACCUCAUUUACAUUUUCAAUAUUUUUAGCUUGACUAUUAUAUAUGAAAUAUAUGUAGUGGAGCUAUCCAACUCACCCCGGUGUCGGCGUUGGUGUUUGGGUUAGGGUUAGCGUGCAAAUGUUAAAGUUUUCGUACUACCCCAAAUAUUGUCCCUUGACAUAUUGCUUUCAUAUUUUGCAUACUUGUUUACCAACAUGACCCCAACCUAUAAACAAGAGCAGACAACUCUAUCAAGCAUUUUGUCAUAAUUAUGGCCACUUUUCCACUUAGAAUAUGCAGCAAAUGUUAAAGUUUUCGUACUACCCCAUUUAUUUUUAUUGUCCCUUGACAUAUUGCUUUCAUAUUUUGCAUACUUGUUUACCAACAUCACCCCAACCUAUAAACAAGAGCAGACAACUCUAUCAAGCAUUUUGUCAUAAUUAUUGCCCCUUUUAUACUUAGAAUAUGCAUAUUAUUGAUAAAUCUAUGUUAAAGUUUGCGUUCUACCCCAAAUAUUUCCUAUAUCCUUUGACAUAUUGCUUUUAUAUGUUGCAUACUUUUUUACCAACAUGACCCCUACCUAUAAACAAGAGCAGACCACUGUAUGAAGCAUUUUGACAUUAUUAUGGCCCCUUUUACACGUAGAUAAUUGAACAUUUUGCUUAAAUUGCCAUACCUUCUUUAUUUAUAAUCACAUUUUAUUAUUAGUUUGACAAAACAACACUUACCUGAAUACCACAAUGGAUUCCACCCAAACAAUACCCCAUGCCCCUACCCAGAAUCCCCCUCAAACCCCCCCCCCCCCC